ACUUUUUCGAUUUGUGGAGAUGUCGUAUGUCGCGUUGCUUAUCAUGGCCCAAGAAAAAUAAUCGGAAUAAAUUAUACGUGGAUUUAUUAAAAAUUGGAAUCGUGAGACAUAGAACUUGUCAUGUAAUUAAUUACAAAAUGCAUACGCAAUCGGUGAGUGGUGAUAAAUGGCGAAAAUCGUAGUGGUUUUGUGUGUUCAGUGAUAGUGGAUAUGGAUCGUCGGUGUUCCCAGUCGGUAAGGACGCUGGUUUUCGACGAUUCCGACUCUGAUCCACCGAAAACCGGACAGAAAAAGGAUCUCACUUCAUCAGGGGCUCCAUCGUCUUUGAAUCAGAGCGCUGAAGAUGCGGGCAAGGGGUCGCGCAGCAGCAGCAACCUCGUGCGUAUACGCAGAUCGCAGCUCGGCAAGUCCGCACCGACGUUAUCCGUCCACGUGAAAGAGCCAUGCACUGUAUCGCGACGACCCUCAAGGUUGCCGCCACCGCCCCCACACCACAGACUCUCACUCGUGGUGGGGUCAGGCAGAUGCAGCUCCCCGGGCACAGGGCCCCUGUCCCCGGCGGAGGGCCCCCGGUGGCCUCACGUGCACCACCCGCACCCGCUGCAUCACGCACUACUGUCAUCCAGCGUGAAGCGCGGGAAAGACCUCGAUGGCCGCAGGUGGUCCGUGGCGUCCCUUCCCUCCUCCGGGUACGGAACGACACCAGGCAGUUCGAGCUUAUCAUCGCAAUGCUCGUCGCAGGAGCGGCUGUUGGCGGUGCAAGCGCCAUGCGAGCCGCCCCCGCGCGCCCCCUGUCCCCACUGUCAUCAACACCAGAACUCGUUGAACAGUUCGCAAGGCAGCGGUAUGAACAACUGGGCGUCGCUAUCAGACAGCGGUGGCAGCGGUCACACAGCGGCCAGAGCGCCCUCGCCGCAGAGUCCCGCGCGGCGCGUGCGCAGCAGAAGUCUUAGUUCUCCGUCUCGUUCGCCCGGCGGCGCCGGUUCCAGUGGUACGGAGGGUUCGAAGGAUGAUGCUGUCUCAGCUAUGUCUGCACUAUUCGCAGCCAGAUUUCCAGCCGCACAGAGAGCUAUGGACGACAAAUUGAGAGCACUUAUCGAAGAACUGACUGAAUUAGAUAAGAAGCCCGAUCGGCCGCCCAUAGAGAGAUUUGUGCAGAGACAGGUGUUGGAGAUGGCGCGGGACUGUCUCCACAAAUCAGAGUCUAAACAGGUCACCAGCACCUAUUUCUACGAUAUGGCAGAUAGCUUGGAUCGAUUAUUGGCAGAGACCCGCGAGAAGUCGGCGGAGGCGGGCGCGCGCGUGGCGCCGCUGGUGACGCGGCUGGUGCUGGCGAUGGCGCGCCCCGCGCGGCUGCUCGAGUGCCUCGAGUUCGACCCCGAGCGGUUCUACAGGCUGCUGGAGGCCGCCGAGGGGCACGCGAGACAUCUACAGGGUAUAACGACGGACAUUCCCCAGUAUAUAAUUCACAAGUUGGGAUUAUCGAGGGAUCCUUUGGCUGAGCUACACGCCCCACCGCCGCCGCCUCCACCUCAGAACACAUCGCCAUCCAAAGUGCGAGGCAGACAGUCUCCCCCGGGGGCGCCGGGCAGCGGGGGUGCUCCGCCCUCUGAGAACGAUUAUCAGGUCAUCAAGCUCAUCUCCAACGGGGCUUACGGCGCUGUCUACCUCGUCAAACACAAACAAACAAGGCAGAGGUACGCCAUGAAGAAAAUAAGUAAAAACAAUUUAAUAUUGAGAAAUCAAGUGGAGCAGGCGUUCGCCGAAAGGGACAUAUUGAGCUUCGCAGACAACCCUUUUGUAGUGACUAUGUACUGCUCGUUCGAGACGAAGCGCCACCUGUGCCUGAUCCUGGAGUUCGUGGAGGGCGGCGACUGCGGCACGCUGCUGCGCGCGGGCCCGCUGCCGCACGACAUGGCGCGCCACUACUUCGCGGAGGCCGUGCUGGCCGUCGAGUACCUGCACUCGUACGGCAUCGUGCACAGGGACCUCAAGCCCGACAAUUUGCUCAUCACGGCCACAGGACAUAUUAAGUUAACAGACUUCGGGCUCAGUAAAAUGGGAUUGAUGUCAUUGGCGACAAAUCUUUACGAAGAGUACGCUGACCGCGAGGCGAGACAGUUCUCCGACAAGCAAGUGUGCGGCACUCCGGAGUACAUCGCGCCCGAAGUCAUAUUGAGACAAGGUUACGGAAAACCUGUGGAUUGGUGGUCGAUGGGUAUUAUAUUAUACGAAUUCCUCGUGGGAUGUGUACCAUUUUUCGGGGAGACUCCAGAGGAACUGUUCGCGCACACCGUCAACGAUGAUAUCGAAUGGCCAUCGGAGGAGGAUUUCCCAAUAGCGGUCGAGGCGCGAGCGAUCAUAACCGAGUUGCUCGCGCGCAACCCACGUGACCGACUCGGCACGGGGGGUACGCACCAAGUCAAGGAACACAUCUACUUCUGCGGGCUGGACUGGAACAAUCUGCUUCGACGGAAGGCAGAAUUCAUUCCGCAACUGGAAAACGACGAGGACACCAGUUAUUUUGACAGCCGCGUGGACCGCUACAACCACAGCGAGGCGGACACGGACGAGGCGGCGGAGGGCGCGGAGGGCGCGGAGGACGCGGGCCUGUUCGCCGCCUUCAGCAGCACCUCGCCGCAGUGGCGACGCCACUACCACUCCGGCCUCGAGCACGACUCCAGGAGUACGGACAGUUGGCCCGGCACACCGGAUAGUGCGGGUCCGCCUACCACGCCCACUGCCCCUCUGCAUCACCAUCCUAAGUGUCCGAUGAUGGGCGGCAGUGGGUCCACAGCGGACUCGUCGCAGACGGACUCGGACGACGUGUCGCCGGCGUGCCGCCGCCGCGCCCCGCUGCGCGCCGCCGUGUUCCACCCCGCCCCCGCCCCCGCGCCCGCCCUCGCCGCCGCCCACGCCUCCGCCCCGCGCAUGUCUGAGAUAUCGAAAAAAGAAGAAAGCAGGAGCAUGGACCGUCCGGAUCGUCCGGAGAAAGCGAAACCUUCAGCUCUGGUCGCGACCAAGGCCAUGAGACGCUCAGCCAGUACAUCUGGUCUCUCCCUCGUCAUACAUCCAGUUUUUAUAUCGCCUUUAGCGCUUCGUGCGUUGGAUUAUGAAAAUCGUGUACUCUAG